CUAGUAAGGCGUGGUUUUUUGUGGGAGUGGCUCAUUUGGCAUUUCCAGAAAUGCUAACUGUUCUCAUCCUUUUCCUUAUAAUUCCAAUCCUUAUCUUCCUUUUAUGGUACAGACACUAUUAUAUUCCUUAUAAGGUAUUCAGUAGGUUAGGUAUAGCCCAUCCUCCAGUGGAGCCUUUCACUGGUAACGUUAAUGGAAUACUGAGACAGGGUAUUAUUGAGUCUUUAAAUAAUGAUAUCAAAAAAUACGGUAAAGUAUUUGGGUGGUACAUUGGUACUGAUAAAUGGAUGAUUGUUGCUGAUACAAACAUGCUAAGAGAAAUAUUCAUUAAGAGCUCGGAUCACUUUAACCAAAGACCAGAUAGUCCUAUUAUUUCAAUAGCACGGGAUGAUUUGCCCCCUGGACUGAUAUUUCUAAAGAAAGACGAGUGGAAGGUUAUAAAACCAAUAGUGACGCCAUCAUUCUCUGCUAAGAAACUGAAAUUAAUGUCACCUCUUAUCGAGAGAAGCUGUUCUUCGUUGAAGGAGAGGUUUGCUGAAAUAUGUGAAUCGAAGAAAAGUUCAGAUCUUUUUGAUGUGUUUGGCCAGUUUACAAUGGAGACAGUGUUGGGAGCUGCUUUUGGUUCUCAAGUUAAUGUAUUAAAAGGAGAGGGAGACUCACUCACUGAAGCAGCUGCUGGGAUGCUAGCUGAAGCAACUAUCAACCAGUUACUAUGGGGAUACAUCAUUAUGUCCCAUUUCUCCAGUAUCGUUAACAUCCUAUUAACAAUCGGUAGUAGCCUUUACUCAACAAAACUUAAAAGGGGUUUUGCUUUCCUUGCCAAGUUUGGUUUUCGACUGAUCAAGGAGAGAAGGCAAACAGCCAGCUCCCUCCAGAAUAAAGAUUUCCUCCAGUUAUUAAUGGAUGCCAGGUCCCCUCCUGAAGGAGGAGGAGCUGCCAGUAAUAAUGUUAAAGACUCGCUGAGUGAUAAAGAGAUUGUUGGACUGUGUAUUGACUUUAUGUUAGCCGGCUAUGAAACCACUAAGAACACUAUGAGUUACAUCUCUUACCUACUAGCUAUCAAUGAUGAGAAACAAGAGACUCUCUGUACUGCCAUUGAUGAAUAUUAUCAGGAGAAUGAGUAUGCUUCAUUGUAUGAUGCUAGUCAUGAUAUCCAGUAUCUUGAUUGGGUCGUUAGUGAAGGGCUCAGGAUGUAUCCACCUGUUUCAAGAAUUGUCAGAGAUUGCUGUGAUGAUUGUGUCAUUAAUGGCGUCCAGUUCAUCAAAGAGUCUAAAGUACAAGUACCAGUUCAGUACCUCCACUACUCACCCGAACACUGGGACCGGCCUGAUGAAUUUAUACCAGAAAGGUUUAGUCCGGAGGGUAAAGAAGGACGGCAUCCAUUGUGUUAUGUUCCUUUUGGGUAUGGCCAGAGGAGCUGUAUUGGAAUGAGGUUUGCUCUCAUGGAAAUUAAAAUGGCACUUACUGCAGUACUGAGGGACUUUAAAUUUGAAAUAUCCAGCGACACACAAAUUCCAUUAAAAUUGACUCAAGGCAUAACCCAGUACCCAACUGAUGGUGUCUACUUGAAAAUAAUUAAAAGAUGAAGCUCAAUUAGAAUUUUAAUUUUAAUAAUUUUUACAAUUAAAUGAAUGC